UCUGCAGUUGAAUUCACGGACGUCUGGGCCCGUAUCAUGCGGGGUAUUCAUGUCAGUGAGAGAGGAAGAAUGAGGGUGGGAGACGGGAGUGAUCCGCGUGGCCUUCGGUUGCUUCGCGUACCUCCCUCCGGUUCGGCGUUAGAGUACGGGACGGGAAAGCGAAACCCUCACGGCGCCGGAACCCCACCAGUCCUCCACCACCACCUCCCAAUUCCGGAAGCGAAUAAACGCCACUAGAUUCCGGCCGCGGUCCCUCCUCCAGCGCCGGCGUCCCCUCGAUUGGCUGCGAACCUUGCGGCUUCGUUCGCGCCAUCGCAGAUCGGGGCUGGUUUGUCUAGAUAGAGGUGCUCUGUUGCGUAGGAGAGGGUGGGGGCGUCAGAGCUGCCGGCGUUUUAUUUUGGUCCUUUUUCAGCCGGUGAGCUGCGGCUUUCUCGCUAAUUACUCGGCGCGGCAGCAGACUUGGGCUGCACAAGCUUGCUAUCUCUGGUUCAAUUGGCCCAGCUUGCGCUCUGAUUGCCCCCCAAAACUGCGUGCGUGUCUCGCAGCGUGCUGGAAUCGCUCAUCUGUUCGUCUGGCGAAGCAAUUGGCUAGCCGAUUACAUCUCCGGCUCACCUUCAUCUCACUGCAGUCUGCUGAAAUCGCCCGUCUCUGCGGGCCAUUGCCGCUCGCUUCAUUCGUGGGUUGCUGAGGGCGCCUUGGGGGCCUGGGGCCUGAAUUUGCGUGGGGCAGUCUUGGGAAAGCGCAAGGGAACCUUUACUCGUGACCAUGAAUCUACUGGAGGAGUUGAUCCGGGCGAUAGAGCUCUGGCUCCGGAUUGUUAAGGAGCAGGUGCCCUUGAUCGACCCCACCCUUGACCCAGUGUUACUUGUUCCUGGUAUUGCUGGCUCCAUCCUUGAAGCUGUUGAUGAUGAAGGAAACAAGGAGAGAGUUUGGGUGCGCAUCCUUGCUGCUGAGCAUGAGUUCCGGGAGAAGCUCUGGUCCAAAUUUGAUGCCUCCACUGGUAAAACUGUUUCUGUUAACGAGAAAACAAGAAUUACUGUCCCUGAGGACAGAUAUGGUUUGUAUGCCAUUGACACAUUAGACCCAGACUUGAUCAUUGGCGAUGACACUGUGUACUACUAUCAUGACAUGAUAGUGGAAAUGAUUAAAUGGGGAUAUCAAGAAGGAAAAACUCUCUUUGGAUUUGGUUAUGAUUUCCGUCAAAGCAACAGGCUCUCAGAGACACUUGACAGAUUUUCCAAAAAGCUGGAGUCAGUGUACACAGCUUCUGGUGGAAAAAAGAUCAAUCUCAUUACUCAUUCAAUGGGGGGAUUACUUGUGAAGUGUUUCAUCUCUCUGCACAGUGAUACAUUUGAAAAAUAUGUCAAGAGUUGGAUCGCAAUUGCUGCACCAUUCCAAGGUGCCCCUGGGUACAUAACUACUAGUCUGCUCAAUGGAAUGUCUUUUGUCGAAGGAUGGGAAUCAAGAUUCUUUAUUUCCAAAUGGUGUAUGCAGCAAUUGCUACUUGAGUGCCCAUCAAUCUAUGAGUUGCUGGCAAACCCUAACUUCCAGUGGAAAGACAUCCCACUGCUACAGAUUUGGAGAGAGAAUUUGGAUAACAGUGGCAAGAAAAGUGCCCUGUUAGAGUCGUAUGAGCCUGAGGAAGCAAUAAUGAUGAUUAAAGAGGCUCUUUCCAGUAAUGAGAUCAUUGCUGAUGGCAUGCAUAUUCCGGUGCCCCUUAAUUUGGAUAUAUUGAAUUGGGCAAAGGAAACUUAUGAUCUUUUAUGCAGUACAAAGCUUCCGGAAUCAGUGAAAUUCUACAACAUUUAUGGGAUUGAUUAUGAUACUCCACAUACUGUCUGCUAUGGCAGUGAACAGCAUCCGGUUUCAAGUCUUAGUAGCCUCUUAUAUGCUCAGGGAAAAUACGUCUAUGUUGAUGGCGACGGAUCUGUUCCCGCAGAAUCAGCAAAGGCUGACGGAUUUAAUGCAGUGGCAAGGGUUGGGGUGGCUGCUGACCACCGGGGAAUCGUGUGCAGUCGCCGCGUGUUCCGGAUCGUUCAGCACUGGCUGCACGCUGGAGAACCUGACCCGUUCUACGACCCGCUGAGCGACUAUGUCAUACUCCCAACACUCUACGAAAUCGAGAAGCAUCGUGAGAAACACGGGGAUGUCACGUCCGUAGCGGAGGACUGGGAGAUCAUCUCCCCGAAUGACGGCAAGACCUUGAGGCCAGGCGAGCUUCCUCCUAUGGUCAGCACACUGACCACGAGCCGGGAAGGCAAGGAGGGUGCACUGGAAGAGGCGCAGGCCACUGUGGUCGUUCACCCGGAGAAGAAGGGGCGGCAGCAUGUGCAAGUUAGGGCUGUGGGUGUCAGCCAUGGUGGCUAAAGCCGUAGGAGCCACCACUUUGGUUGUCUACUCUAUCUAGCAGUAGCAGCUAUACCUGUAGGUGCACGCACUGUAAAAUUGGAUGUACAUAUAUGGCUAUGACCUCUGUAGGGACUCUGGUUUUAGAACUAUAAAUGGGCACCCUGCCUGCUUGUAAAUGUUCAGAACCGAAAACACAGGCCCUGUUCUUUUUUUUUCCUUUUUUAAAAAAAUAAAAAGAUGGUAAAGGAUUCCAUUACU